AAGGACAAACAAAACGAGUGCUGCGAACUGAUCGGAGAGCAAGACAAGUACUUCAGGAACUUCUUCGCAAAUCUGAAUAAAAUUAUCGAAUCGAUUGUUUCGUUCAACCCGGAUGGAGGCCAAGGAGAAGGAAGUGCUUCUCCCCGUGUUAGCAGCCCCCUUGAUGGGGAAAGCUACCGUCAAAGGGGGAAAACAAAAGGGUCCCCUUCGGCCUGCACAUCCGACAAUGACGAAGAUGACAACAAUCGAGGUUACGCCAAUUCGGAUGAUGAAGACAAAGAGAAUGCACAAAAAAACGAAAACGAAAUACAGAAAGAACGGUCUAAAUAUUUAACCGUGACAAGGGAACGCAUACAUAACAGGACCAACACACACGGUGAAACAUGCAGCCAUCCCGAUAUGUCUCCAUUUGAUGAGUUACGAAUGAAAGAAGAACAGGACAGAUGCAACGAAAGAAUCGAAAAAAUAAAAAGCUUAUGCGAGUCAUUCAAAAAUAUAGACAAUGAGUCUUCCAAAUCUGGCAAUUCCGAUGGAAGUAGAAAACCAAAUGGAAAUCUUCCCAUUUCGUCAAAGCAAAAAAAAAAAAAAGCAUUAGAUAUUCAGCAUGAUGAGCCAUUUCAUUCAGAAUUUGAAAAUGAGAAAAUGCAGGAGGAAUACCAACUGGAGAAUGAUGAGGAAAUCAAACUGGUCCAUGCUGCAGAUUUCGGGGAUGGAAAAAUACGUGAAAAAGUGACGUACAAAAAAAAAACUGGAACCAAAGUGGAUGCACAAAAGAGGCCAGACAACGUUGCGGAUUAUGAUAAGGACAUAAAAAAAAGGUUAAACAAUUUGGUACACGACAUAAGUAGUAGUAGUAGGGGAAACAAAAAAAAUCACGACGUCGCUGCAAAGAACCCCUCCAAUAAAGUACCAAGUACUCAAAGCAACAUUAUGGAUAUCUUAAAUAAUCGAAUGCAGAAGGCCUCCUUGGAGCACAUCGAAAGUAGCAGUACUCCCAAGUACGUCAAAUAUAACACUAUACAUCGUGAAAUUAUGAAUCCACGUCAACACUUCGUUAAUCAGAACAAAAAUUCUGUUGAUCAUAUUAUUUGCCUGUAA